UGAGUCAGAAAUGAGAUUGACCUUGGAAUGCUAAGGGGAAUUUCAAAAUAUGCAAGUGUUUUUCCUACCCAAGUACACUUCUACUUGAUAACUUUAUCAAAUCGGUUAUCAGUAAGAUAUCUAGUGAUAUUUUUACCUGCCUACCAAGAUGAAGUAUUGCGUUUUUCUUAUGUUAAUUCCGUUUUGUGUUGGAGCUGAUCCUUCAUGUUGUAUGCCAAGACAGGCAACUUACAGUAAAUUCACUGUGACAAGUCAGUUUGAUCAAACUCAAAAUGGAUUUCAGUCUUUUGAGAAAAAAGGCAAGGUUUACCUGGAUUUCGACAACAAACGACGAAUUGAUAUUGUCACAAAAACAGAAAAUGGACAGAGCCAUAGCAUUGUAGCAUACACAGACUAUAACAUUGGUAAGACGUACGAGGUUGUGGAUGGACAUUGCACUAUAAAAGAUGCCUUGUUGGUCAAUGGAUCAAUGCCAGCUAACUGUUUCCCAGGUCCAAAUGCUGGAAACUAUUACAUUGUGCGUGAGAACCUAGGCGGUACUCUGACGGAUGUUUGGAGAACGGAUCUUACGCAGUCACAUGGCUUUAUGGCGGUCAUGCAUGUGUCUGUCAAAGACUGCUUGCUUAUGACAGAAAUCGAUUACGGAACCAUUCAAGGAGUUAAAGUACAGAGUACUACCAUCUUAUCUGAUGCCGUGCCACGCAUUGAUAACCAGAAUGUCUUCCAAGUUCCCCGGGAAUGUCACCAAUAGUCAUAAAGGAAAAUAGAACAAUCGUCAUUGAAAUGAUUCGGUUGCAUUACCUACACAAUUGUUUUCUUCAUUAUAUAUAAAUGUCAGCAGCAAAUAUGAGUUGUUUU